CUGCAGGAUGGCAUGCGAGCCAUCCGCCUGCAUCAGAGCACUGUCGUCCGUCGUGGCCCUGGGAGCCAACAUCAUCUGCAACAAGAUUCCUGGCUUGGCCCCGCGGCAGCGCGCCAUCUGCCAGAGCCGGCCCGAUGCCAUCAUCGUGAUCGGGGAGGGGGCGCAGAUGGGCAUCAAUGAGUGCCAGUACCAGUUCCGCUUCGGACGCUGGAACUGCUCCGCCCUCGGCGAGAAGACCGUCUUCGGGCAAGAGCUCCGAGUAGGGAGCCGCGAGGCCGCGUUCACAUAUGCCAUCACCGCGGCCGGCGUGGCCCACGCCGUCACGGCCGCCUGCAGCCAGGGGAACCUGAGCAACUGCGGGUGUGACCGCGAGAAGCAGGGCUACUACAACCAGGCCGAGGGCUGGAAGUGGGGCGGCUGCUCGGCCGACGUGCGCUACGGCAUCGACUUCUCCCGGCGCUUCGUGGACGCCCGUGAGAUCAAGAAGAACGCGCGGCGCCUCAUGAACCUGCACAACAACGAGGCCGGCAGAAAGGUCCUGGAGGAGCGCAUGAAGCUGGAGUGCAAGUGCCACGGCGUGUCGGGCUCGUGCACCACCAAGACGUGCUGGACCACGCUGCCCAAGUUCCGCGAGGUGGGCCACAUGCUCAAGGAGAAGUACAACGCAGCCGUGCAGGUGGAGGUGGUGCGGGCCAGCCGCCUGCGGCAGCCCACCUUCCUGCGCAUCAAGCAGCUGCGCAGCUACCAGAAGCCCAUGGAGACGGACCUGGUGUACAUCGAGAAGUCGCCCAACUACUGCGAGGAGGACGCGGCCACGGGCAGCGUGGGCACGCAGGGCCGCCUGUGCAACCGCACGUCGCCGGGCGCAGACGGCUGCGACACCAUGUGCUGCGGCCGUGGCUACAACACGCACCAGUAUACCAAGGUGUGGCAGUGCAACUGCAAGUUCCACUGGUGCUGCUUCGUCAAGUGCAACACCUGCAGCGAACGCACCGAGGUCUUCACCUGCAAGUGAGCGCCGCCCCGCCCCGCAGGCACGCACGCGCAC